GAGUGUUUUUCUAAAUAUGUACUUCUGUAGAUCUCCAAAAACAUAUAUCAUUCUCUUUUCAGUGUUGUCACCAAAAAAAAACAACUCCGACCAAAAAAAGAGGGAGAAAUUGAUCCCAAGCUAAUGGAAAUGCUUAUCUGCACACCAAAGAAGGACUAUGAAAAAAUCUGUUUUGAGUUUGGUGUUACCGACUUCCGCUGGUUGCUUAAGAGACUCAACCAGCUGAAAAAGGAAAGGAAAGAUGAGCAGGCAAAGGUUGUAGAGCAAGUGAACAAUGUGAGACAAAUAGAAGUACAACCAAAUGGAAGAGCCGAGUUUGGCCUCGACAUGACACUACAUGACCCCAACAGUGCAAUCAACUUAUACAAGGAUGGGACAAUGGUUCCAUAUGGGGACGAUGAAGAUUUGAAGCAUAGCCUUAAGACAACAGGGACAAAAUAUGUUUUCAGCAUCAAAGAUCCUCAGCCAGAAGAUGCUGGGUUUUACCAGGUCGAUGUUGAAGAUGCAAAUGUCCUUGCAACUGACUUCCAAGUGCCUGCUGUGGAGUUCAUAGCCAAGAUUAAGGAUGUGAAGGCCUUGGAAAGUGAGGACGCCAUCUUUCAGUGUGUCUUGUCAACACCCCUCAACAGAAUUACCUGGUCAAAACAGGAUUCAUCCCUUGAACAUGGGGACAAAUAUGAGAUCACCAUCUCAGAAGACAAGCUAAUUCACACACUGAGAGUUAAAGACUGUAAAAUGGGAGAUAAUGGAGCCUAUUAUGCCAUUGCUGGGAUAUGUUCCAGCUGUGCCUCUCUUAAAGUGGAAGCUGAUCCAAAUGGUAAAGGACGCAUGGGCACCCAAACUGGGAAUCAAGAUGACCUGACUAAUCUACAAAAAACUGACGCUGCGGGGGAUGGAGGUGAUGGAGGUGAUGGAGACGGGUCUGGUGAUGGUUCUGGAGGUGAUGGUGGAGACGGCACGAAUAAGAACCUCCUGACAGAAGGAGAGGAUGCCGAUGAUAAGAAAAAGAAGCGAGUACGAACUGGCCCUUUGGUUCCUGACACUGUUAUCGAUCGCGGUGUUCAGUUCAUCUGUGGACUGUCAGAUACUGUUGCUAAUAUUGGUGAACGGGCAGAGCUGUCUUGCAAACUAAGCAGUGAGACCUCUGAGGGACGUUGUUUUUUCUCCAACAUUGAAGAUCCACCAAUAAUCGAUGAUGAUGCGCUGGGAAAAUUCGCAAAGACAGUCAUUAUAAAGGCAGGUGAAAAUGCAGAAUGGAAGAUGCCAUUCUCGGGUGGGGCUCCGAUGACUAUACAGUGGAACAAGGAUGACGAUGAGCUUUUGCCCGCUCUCAAUGUGAAGAUUGAAACAUCAGCUACUGAGAGCAAGCUACGCCUUGUUAAGUGUCAAAGGAAAGAUGGUGGAGAGGUCAAAAUAAAAAUAAAAAAUGAAUUUGGUACAACCGAAGCUAUUUCCAAACUUAUCGUACUCGACAAACCCACACCACCACAAGGACCGGUGGACAUUAUGGAAAGUGCUGUCACAUCUGCUGAGUUUAAAUGGAAACCACCAAAAGAUAGCGGUGGAUGUCCGGUCACAAACUAUAUCAUAGAACGCCAACAAGUCGGGCGCAAUAAAUGGUCAGAUCUCGGUGAGAUCCCCGGCAGCGACCCAAGUUACAAAGAUUCAGAUGUGACACCUGGAAGGAGAUACUGCUACCGGAUCAGAGCCAAGAACGCAGAAGGCAUCAGCGAUUACCUGCAGACAGGAGACAUAGCAGCUGGUGUCUUACGUUAUCCCGGAUCCCCAGCUGCACCAAAGGUGGUCAGUGCCUUUAAAGAUUGCAUCAAUCUGGCGUGGUGUCCUCCAUGUGACACUGGAGGAACCAAAAUAGUGGGAUACAACUUGGAAAAGAACAAGAAAGGCACAAAUUACUGGAGCCUUGUAAAUCAAGGGGGACCUAUUACAGAUACAAAGUAUGCAGUGAAAGAUGUUUUUGAAGGGGCAGCAUAUGAAUUUAGGGUGGCUGCUAUCAACCUAUCCGGGGCUGGAGAUCCUAGUAUUCCAUGUGAGACAGUAAUCACAAGGGAUCCAAUGAAACCUCCAGGCAAAGUCACAGACCUGAAGUUAACAUCCUCCAAUUACACCACAUUUUCACUGGCUUGGACUAAACCUACAGAAGUGAAAGGGGUAGAGGAUGAAGCCCAAGGCUACUACAUGGAGAUCAGACCAAUUGAAAACCUUGAAUGGACUCGUUGUAAUGCCAUCCCAAUUACUCUAACUUCCUACACCGUGCUUGGCUUGAAGGCGAUGGCCAGCUACUGGGUGAGAGUAAUUGCCACCAAUUAUGGAGGCAAUGGAGAACCUCAAGGCUUCGACAGUUACAUCAUUGCCAUGCCUCCUCCUGUGAGGCCAAAGUUUAAAGAUCGCAACAUGAAGACCUUUGUGGUGAUACGAUCUGGAAACACAGUCCGUCUGAACAUCAACUUUGAGGCCUCGCCCCUGCCACAAAUCCUGUGGCUAAAAGAUGGUACUCCAGUGCCCAGACAUGUAACUAUUACCAACUCUGAUAAAGGCUCUCAAAUGUUAAUCCCCACGUCUGAGCGGUCCGACAGUGGCAUCUACACCAUUACUGUCAAGAACGUUGUCGGCCAGGAGAGCCUCAAUGUUGAAAUCAGAGUCACAGAUGAUCCCAAGCCUCCAGGUCCAGUGGAGCUGAAUCAGAACAUCCCAGAAACAGUGACUCUGUCCUGGACUCCCUCUCCAGAUGAGAAGAGGGACGACAGACUUCACUACAUUGUAUCCAAGCGGGACUCCUUCCUACGCACUUGGAGGACAGUGGCCGACAACCUCUUCAACAAUAAGUUCACAGUUAUCAAUAUUUUGCCUGGACGGGAGUAUUACUUCAGGGUAUUUGCUAAAAAUGACAUGGGUCUUUCACCGCCUUCCGAAUCCCCUGUGUUUGGAAUCAUAAAGCAAAAAGGAAAAUUCAAAGUCAACAUGCCAGAGACAAAAUCCCUUGACUUCCAGUCCCCACCAUCAUUCAUCGUUCCCCUGAAAACGCGUACAGCUCCAUGGGGUUACGAGAGCUACAUGAGCUGCGCAGUUAGGGGGAAUCCAGCUCCACGAGUGACAUGGUACCACAACCAUAUCAGCCUGAACACAAACACCAACUACCACGUCACCAAUGUGUGUGGAGUUUGCUCCUUGCUCAUACUGAAGGUGGGACCCAAAGACGACGGGGAAUACAAAGUGGUCAUCGAGAACAAACUGGGGACAGCCGAGUCCUCAAUGACGCUGAUUGUCAGAGGAGAAGCCACACUUUACAGAAUCCAGUUCACUGAAGACAAGCGGGUCUUCAACUCUGUCCAGUCUCCCUCCUCUCCUCCUCCUGCUACCAUGGCCAAGCGCAAGUCAAAGAAGCUGCAAGAAGAACACCUCCAUUGUAUUGGACUCAUCAGUCAGCAGCAGAGCCUCGACCAGCUGUCGGAGUCUUUUACAACAAUGCAGAAGAGAAUCACAAACCUCCAGCAGGUGGUGGCGGUGACUGACGCACAGACGGAUACAGGUUUGGGUGUGGAGGAGAGGAUCUUUGCCCUGGAGGAGGCCCAGAAACAGGCUGAGGUUGCCCUGGCCACUUCAAAGAAGUUGAAGAACUCCGACCAUGCGCAGCUUUGGGCCCUCCAUGACGAGAUGGACACUCGACUGACUGAGAUAAAGCAGGUCGCCCUGUCCGUCACAACCCUCCAGGCCAUGUUCAAUAACCAGAGUGAGGAGUUUGAGACUGUGAAGGAGAGCGCAGUGGCCGGUUUGAGCUCCAGCUCAGCGCUGGCUGAAAACGUGGCUGGGUUAGCCAGUGCUGUGGUCAGUGCAUGCUCCAGAGUUGACGAUCAGGCUGCAUCGGUGGAGGCUCUUAAUGCUCAAUUAGAGGGGCAAGCCUCAGACCUGAAUGAGCUGAAAGAGUCAAUGUACCUUCAAAAAGAUGCACUUCAUACAAACAACGAGGAGAUGGCUGCAAUAAAGGAGCUCGUCGAGGCUAAGCAGGCCAUGCGUGCCCAGGCGUUAGAGGAGAUGCUCAGUUCAGUGCAGAUGACUCUGGAUGAGCAGUAUUCCACUUCACAGACACUUCGCAGCAGCCUCAUGACUCAGCUGCAGACUUUUCACUCCCAGUUGGCGAAAACUCCUUUGUCAAUGAAAGUUAAAUCAAAUGAGGAGGGUUCAGCAGCAGAAGAGUUCAUCUGCACUACAACACAGAGUGCCACUGAGGUGCAGGAGAAGCUAGAAGAUGUUGAGGAAAAGGACGAGCAGCAGGAUACUGAAGAUGAAGCAGAAAAUGAGGCAGAGGAGGAGGAGGAGCAGGAGGAGGAAGCAAUGCUUGAAGAACAGCCACUGGAACAGGAAGUGGAGGGGCAGGUGCAGGAUGGGGCUUGCUCUGACAGCCAACUCUAG